GUUUGGCGUGUCGUCCUGUCUGGCCCGCUCAGGAAUGGACGUCAUGUGAAUAGAGGGUUAGAUCCAGCUGUUGCACUUGCGCGCAUCGUUACCUUUAAGAUGCUCGAGGAUAAAGCCCUUGUUUUAGCCUAAACCGACACCAUUUUAGCUACGAGUUCGGUGCGUCCGGUGAGCGAGGCCCCGGGUGACUCGGACGUGUUGUUGGAGAAGAACGGCCGGACGUUUUUGUUGUGGCGUUGUUGUUUUUUUUUAACAGAAACGGGGGAGGAUUUAACGGCUGUUUCUAUAAAUGUCGGAUUUCAUUAUUUGUCGGCCUACCGUGAAGUGGCGGCGGCGGCGGGGGCGAGAGGGACGGCACGAGACGAGACGGGGUCCGCGAGGAGGGUGCACACACAAAAUACUUUCCCUUUAAAGCGGAGAGGGACAGAGGGGGUGAAGAAGAGAUAAAAAAAGAAAAGGAAGAAAGCCAGAGAGGGAGGGAGGGCGAGAGGGAGCGAGGGAGCGAGAAAUGAAAAAAAGAGAAAGAUGUCAUCCAGUCGAUUGAAACGCCGAGGCGGAGCCACGGACCGCGGCCGACCGGGAGCGCUCUAGCUGGGGGGCGAGCUGUACGCAACGCCGAGGCUUGGGACCCGAACGGCUGCGGCCUUCCUGGGAGCUAUCGCCAAAUAAAUCCCGAGUCCCGAACCAGCUGCAGACUGAUCACUGAUACAUCAUCUGUAUACAACAUAAUCUUUAUAUUUUGCAUGCAAUUCACCAAUUUUUUUAUUAUUGCAGUAGUCAUAAGCAUUUUCUUUUUUUCUUUUCUUUUUUUAAAUGCACCAUUAAAAGCAAGCAUGAUACCAACCAUUUUGUCGCAUUUACGAAAUCAUCUCGCCGUGUGCAUUUCCAUUUAUGAUUAAUUCGUAACUCAUAGCAGCCGAAUCACUAAUACGUGCUUGUUGAUUUAAGCUGAAUAUCGUCCGGUGUCGUUAUUAUAAAUGUCCAUUAGUUAACCCGGGCAGGGAGAGAGAGGAGCUGCGAUACAGGCCUCGGAUUGUGUUUUAUAGCAGCCUUUGGAGCAUUUCUUCCUCCUCCUCCUCCUCCUCCUCCUCCUCUUCUGUGGUCCCGGGCUGUGUUUGCAGUCCCUGCAGAGAUGGACACCUCCUGGAGUAAUUUCCUCUUUCAGACGGCGCCGACUCAGAGCCAACCGGAGACGCCUCUGCAGUCUGAGCUGCUGCCCGAGCUGACCGGCUCAGCUCAGAGUCCUCCAGCAGACCACAUGGUGACGCCGCCGUCCACCGUCGACACCGCCGCCCUGAGCGAGGAGCCGCUGCCUGUCAAACCGCUCUCCAAGCCGAGCCGGCCGGCCCACAUCUGCGCCACCUGCAACAAGGAGUUCAAGAACAGCUACAACCUGCGGCGCCACCAGUCGGUGCACACGGGCAUCAAGAUGAAGGACCGCGCCGCCCGGGAGAAGGAGGACGCAGGGAAGGGAGGACGGGUGGAGAAGCAGUCCGUCCCUCUCUCCCUCCUCCACCUCAGCCUGCCCUCCCAGCCUCUUCCUCCCCCUCCCCCAACCGCCGCCCCCGAGGCCCUCCCCCAGCCCGGUCAGCACGCCAACCAAGACAGCCAACCGGUCUCUGUGUCCAUCGCCCCGGCAACCCUAACCAUGGCUGCACAGCCUCAACCCAUCCAGGCAGCUGUUGUCGUCGUGGGCUCCAUGGAGCAGAAUCCAAACCCCAAUCCCAACCCCAACACCAACCAGGUGAGGAAGAACCACGCCUGCGAGGCCUGCGGAAAGGCCUUCAGAGACGUCUACCACCUCAACCGUCACCGGCUGUCGCACUCGGACGAGAAGCCGUACUCCUGCCCCAUCUGCCAGCAGCGCUUCAAGAGGAAAGACAGGAUGAGCUACCACGUGCGCUCGCACCAAGGCGGCGUGGAGAAGCCGUACAUCUGUCCCCACUGCGCCAAGGCCUUCUCUCGACCGGACCACCUCAACAGCCACGUGCGACAGGUGCACUCUACAGAGAGACCGUUCAAGUGCACGACGUGCACGUCUGCGUUCGCCACACGGGAUCGUCUCCGCGCCCACCUGAUCCGUCACGAGGAGAAGGUGCCGUGUCACAUCUGCGGGAAGCUGCUGUCUGCCGCUUACAUCACCGACCACAUGAGGGUCCACAACCAGUCGCAGCACCACGCCUGUCACCUCUGCAACCGCAGCUUCACCACCCUCACCUACCUGCGUGUCCACGCUCAGAAGCACCACGGCCAGGAGUGGAAGGAGAGCGGCGGGGCGCAGGGGGGCUUCGGUGGGACGGGGGCCGGCGGGGUGCUGCUCUGCCAGCUGUGCGGGGUACAGUGCAAAACGGCCACGCAGCUCCAGGGUCACAUGGGCACCCACGCCAACCAGGCCGACACCGGCCCCGACCCGACGAGCUCGGGUCCCGUGGGCACCACCAGCGUGGCUGUCACUGUGUCCAGCGGUAGCACUGUGGGACUGCUGGUAACUGACUGCUCCAGUAUCGCCCCCCAGCCCCACAGCUAACACGCUGGGAGGCCGAGGGGGA